AUGAGUAUGUAACUCACUUAAAAACCAGCUACUCUCUAUUAAGUACGUUAAUCAUCUGUUACACCACCUUAAAAAUAACAUCUCAAUCCUAACUAUAUGAGUUGUUAGAAAAUGAGAAUGUAAUAUUAUAUAUAAUAUUCAUAGGAGCAUUAUUGAUUAAUUAUCACCAAUCAAAGAUUUACCUGUUAAUCAAAGUUAAAGAAGUUCUUUUUAUUAAGUUAGAGGUAAAUCUGGAUCUACUGCUACCUUAAUGCCAAAUAAAACUUAAUCCAAUAGAUUAUUAGAUUCAACUAGUUUUAAUACUACAUUAAAUUACACAUAAGAAAGCCAUUUUGAUAAAAAAAGUAAUACUCUCCCUAAAACAAUCAAAAUCAAUAAUUUCGAAAUUUUAAAAGAUCAACUUAGAUUUGCUAUUUGUUAAUUAGAAGAUCUUAAAAAAUCAUUUGAUAAAGUUGUUUAGAGUUAAUUUGAUUAAGUUAUUUAAGUGAUCAAAUCUUCUUCUUAAUUAUCUAAUUCAUUAGUUGAAGAAAACAUUUAGAUAAAAAAUCAAUUAAAUUCAUAGCAAAGUAAUUCAGAGUAUGAUAAACUCAAAUUAAUAAUGGAAUAAUUACAAUAAAAAAUUACUCUUUUGGUUAAUGAUAAUUCCAAAUUAAAUCAUACAAUUAAUUAUUAGCAAGAAGAAAAUAAAAAACUUAAUUAAUAAAUAUCAGAAUCAGACAAAAGAUAUUAAGAUUUGUUGUUAUCAUAAUAAAAUAGACAAUAUAAAGAAAAUAUGAACCCAAAUAUUAACCAUAAUCUACAAAUUAAUAAUCAUCCAAAUUCCUCUAAUACUAAAAGUAAUUAUACAUAAAGAGAACUAAGUUAUAAAUUAGAAUAAGCGGAAAUCAAAUUAUUAACUCUGUAAAUAAGCAAUGAUAAUCUCAGAUAAUAAUUACAACAUACUUAACUAGAUCAUUAAACUUUUCAAUAAUUAAAAGAAACCAUAGCCUCUUUGGAAAUUAAAUCAUAGAGCUUUUUAAAUUAGAAAGAUUCUCUCCAAUAAGAGAAUGACCUUUUAAAUCAAAAAAUAUAGAGUCUUGAAAAAUAAUUAAAAGAUUAAACUCAAAAAUCAGAAUAUAUUGUAUACAUUAAUUAAUUAGAAAAUGAUUUAAAAUAAGUUAGACAAGAACUAAAUAAUAAUCAUUAGACCAUAAGUUCUCUUAACAAUACAAUAUCUUAAUUGAAAGAACAAAUAAGUAUAUUAACAAUUUAAAAAGAUUAAUCUGAAGUAUAAACUUUUUUAAUAAUAAUAGAAUACCUAUAUAUAAUAGGUUUAAUCUUAAUAAAAUGAAUUACAAUAAGCAAGUUCGAGAUACUAAAUAUUAUGGUAAGAAAUAUCUGAAAUGAGAGAACGUUUAGAAUAAAGAUAAAUCUAAGAGGAUAGUCAUAAUAUGUUAUCAAAUGCAGAAAAAGCUUUAUUUGAAACUUAGAUAUCUAAUUUAAAUGAUAAAAUAAAAGAUUAUGAAUAAAUUCUUCUACAUUAUGAAUAAAAAUCAAGGUAAUUAAUGAGUAUUAGAUUAGAUAAUUAGAGCAAUAAUUGAGUUAAAAUUAAUUGGAAAUGGAUAAUUAUAAGAGGCAAUUAGAACAUAUGAAUAAUUAUAAUAAUAGUUCUUUGGAAAUACAGGAAUUGCAAUGGAAAAUGAAUCAAUUAAGUAAUAUUUUUAAUUUAGUAGUCAGAUUAAAUAAUUUAAAGAAAGGAGAAGGAUUAUUAAGUAAAACUAGAUGAAUUACAAUAAGUAAAAUAAGGAUUUGAGUAAUAAGUAAAAAAGAACUAGAAUUUAGAGAUGAGAAUCUUACAUUUCAUGGAAUAAGAAGUGAAGACAAACGCCAAUUUCAUAAGAAAAUAGUGA